AUGGAGUCCACCAAAAUUGAAUAUACUCCUUUUUCUUAUAGUAGUGAAAAAUCUUGUUUGUCUCAAAAUAACCAUAAAAAUAAUAUUUUUGAGAAAAAAAAGUUAUGGAAAGGAUUAGAAUCGACAAAUAGAUCAAUUUCAAUUAGUGAUAGAACAAUUGAUAAACGUAUUUGUAGAAUUUGUUUUGAUGGAAAUUCUCCAAAUGAUAUGGUAUCACCUUGUAAAUGUAAAGGUUCUUGUCAAUAUGUUCAUAAUAGUUGUUUAACAAAAUGGUAUGAAUCUAGUGGUAGAGGUAGUUGUGAAAUAUGUAAAUUUGAAUUUCUUAUUUCAAGAGAAGGAUUUAAGUUAUUUUUUGAAAUGACAACACCAAAACCUUUUAGUGAUGAUAUGGAAGAUAUUGUUGAUUAUUAUUGUGCUUUUAUGUGGUUUGGUUUUAUUUUAUCUCUAAUAUAUCAAUCAUUUAGUAUUGGUAUUAAAAAUACAUUUUAUAUGGUUUGCCUUUUUAAAGGUCAUCCAUUUGGAGUUAUAUUAACAAUUGUGGGAAUGUCAAUAAAUAUGAUAUAUUAUACAGAAGUAUUAAUUGAAGUCUUUGAAAAAUGGUAUAUUGAAAAUUCAAGAUUUAAAUGGGCUAAUUAUAUUCCAGAAAAGAAAAUAAAAGUUUAA